AUGGUAGAUACAAGUUCUGCAUUUUGCGCGGCGUGGUUCGCAAAAGAAGAUGCAUUAUGCAAGACGCUACUGGGAAAGAGAGCAGACGCCACCAUUGUUUACAGCACAGAUAGAGGCCAAUUGCCGCUACACGUGGCUUGUGCCCGCCAGCUCGUCCAGCUAAGCAUCAUACAAAUCCUACUCAAGGUUUCUGGUAAAGACGCGAGGUUAUCGCAGGAUCUCAAUGGCUAUAUACCGCUGAUGCUGGCAGCGGAAGUCGGCAACACUCAGGUGUGCAAAGAGCUUGUAAACGUGAAUGGAGAGACACAGGUCAAGAUGCAAAAGAGGGACACUGGAGAAACUGUUCUACAUAUAGCCUCACGUCGGAAAGAUGUUGAUAUGGCGCGAGUCUGUGUGGAUUCUGGUUGCGACGUGGAUGCCCAAAACGACGAGGGGCAUACGCCGCUGCAUAUAGCCUGCUGGGAAGGAGACGAGGCACUCAUUAAAUUCUUCUACCAGGCUAAAGCAAACCCACACAUUUACGACAAGCUUGAUAGGUCGCCUCUGCACAUCGCGGCGGAACGAGGCCACACGAACAUCGUGGAGGGAUUGAUCGACAAAUUUAAAGCAUCCGUUUCUGCUAGAACAAAGGAUGGGAGCACAUUGAUGCACAUUGCGUCACAGUGUGGGCAUCCAGACACAGCGUUAGCUUUCAUGAAAAAAGGUGUCCCUCUGCAUAUGCCAAAUAAGUCUGGUGCCGUUGCUCUACAUGCUGCAGCAAAGCGAGGUCACACGGGCGUUGUCAGGGCGUUACUGCAAAAGGGAUCUAUCGUCGAUGCGAAAACCAAGGAAAACUACACUGCACUUCACAUAGCCGUACAGCAUUGCAAACCCCUGGUCGUGCAAACAUUGCUCGGUUACGGAGCGCAAGUUCAAAUAAAAGGUGGAAAGUUGGCCGAGACGCCUCUUCACAUAGCAGCACGGGUCAAAGAUGGCGAAAAAUGCGCCGAGAUGCUUCUAAAGAGUGGCGCCGACGUCGACGUGCAUCAAGAGAAUGGAGAAACGGCGCUGCACAUAGCUGCGAGAUAUGGUCACCUGAAAAUGGUGCAGCUUUUACUGGAGGAAGGCGGUGACAUACAAUGGCAGGCGAAGGUACUAUAUUGAGGUGUCUCAGCAUAUAUAUAUAUAUAUAUAUAUAUAUAUAUAUAUAUAUAUAUAUAUAUAUAUAUAUGUGUAUCUCGCGUGCGUGACACAUCUCUGCUAGCUUGUAUUUGCUAUGAUUCAUAGGAGGGAGAAUCCCCGAUGCAUUAUGCCGGAGAAAUCACAAAAACAAUGGCUCAUUACGUUGGUGAAGACACGGACAUAAUAAAAAUACUCCUGAGCUAUGACGGUGACGUUAAUGUGCUCACUAAGUUGACGUAUGAAACAGUUCUACACUAUUGCGCUCGGGCGGGAAAUGAAGGCGUAUUGAUUGAGAUUGUAAAGCACCUUGGUAUGGCCAACGUGCAAGUUGCCACUAACAAGCAAGCCAAGAACGGCUGGUCACCGCUGCUCGUUGCAAGCGAGCAGGGACACGCGAAGAUCGUGAACAUCCUGUUACAGAAUCACGCUCGGGUGGACGUGUUCGACGAGCACGGAAAGGCCGCCCUGCACGUUGCCGCGGAGAACGGACACGCGGACGUCGUGGGCAUUCUGCUGAGAAAUAAAGCGUUCGUUAAUUCGAAAUCGAAACUCGGAGUGACGCCAUUGCACUUGACCGCCAUGAACGGUUACAAUAAACUCGUGAAGAUGAUGAUUGAAAGCCACGGCGCCACAAUGGACGCAUUAUCGCUGGCAAAGAAAACUCCUCUGCAUUAUGCAGCGCAGAACGGUCAGUUAGAAGUGUGCAAGACAUUACUGCACAUGAAAGAUGAUGCCAACGCCAAAGACAACCACGGACAAACGCCGCUUCAUCUUGCGGCCGAAAAUGACCACUCUGACGUCGUCAAGCUGUUUCUCAAGUACAAACCAGAACUGGUUACUAUGGCGAAUACGGAUGACCAUGGUAUGACAUGCGCCCACAUCGCAGCAUCAAAGGGAAGCGUAGCCGUCAUCAAGGAACUGAUGAAGUUCAACAAAAUCAUCAUCACAGCUGCGAAAAACAAGACUACCGGAUCUACAGCCUUGCACCUGGCUGCCGAGGGGGGAUACGCUGCAGUUGUCAAGGUGCUUUUGGAAGCGGGUGCCUUGUCAUCGGAGGAAAAUACGGAAGGUAUGACUCCGCUGCAUCUAGCAGCAAAAUACGGACACGUCAAUGUGCUUGAAGGACUGAGAAGUGCAGUGUCAUGGAAGAUACCAAGUAAAAAGACUGGACUAACUGCCUUACACGUUGCUGCCCAUCACGGCCAUAUUGACUUUGUCCGAGAGAUGCUUUCCAAAGUUCCGGCCACCAUCAAAAGCGAAGCGGUGUCGCACGACAUGGAUAUGCAGUCACCGAUGAAAGACAUCAUGACCGACUCUGGGCUCACGCCGCUACAUCUGGCCGCACAGUCCGGGCAUGAGGGAUUGGUGCGCCUUCUACUCAACUCGCCCGGCGUGCAGAUUGACACAGCGACCAACGUUCACGGAACCAUACCUCUGCACAUGGCAGCCCAGAGCGGUCAUUCGGCCGUCGUUGGCUUGCUGCUAAGUAAAUCCACGUACCAGCUGCACGUGAAGGACCGACGGGGUCGAACUGCGCUCCACCUAUCGGCCGCAAACGGUCACCUUGACAUGGUUGCCUUGCUGAUAGGACAAGGUGCCGAAAUCAACAUCGCCGAUAAGAUCGGUUGGACAUCCUUGCACUUUGCUGCGAAGAACGGAUUUCUGGGCGUUGUCAAGUUACUAGUGCAGAGUGGAGCCGCGCCAAGUUGCGAGUCUAAAGAAGGACGAAUACCGCUUUGUUUCGCGGCCGCCUUCCAACACCACGACGUGUUGAGUUUCCUGAUGAGGAAAGAGCACAACACUCAGGCACUGAUGGAGGAUAAGAAGUUUGUCUACGAUCUCAUGGUUUGCGGCAAGACGCACGAUGACAAGGCCAUAGACGAGUUCAUACUCGUGUCACCGGCGCCCGUCGAGACCGCCUCCAAACUCUCCAAACACUUCCGAGAUCUCGGAGCUCGCGAGAAAGAGCGAGCACGAGAUCUCAUCACGGCCUCGAAGCACUGUGAGAACAUGGCGACCGAGUUGCUCGCCAUUGCUUCAGGCCUGCACAGUGCUGGCCUGCUCCUCAGAUCGCUCGACAACCGCGGAACGCCGUUCCUGGACGUACUGAUCGAGAACGAACAGAAGGAGGUGGUCGCCCAUCCGGCCGUGCAGCGCUACCUAUCGGACGUUUGGACAGGUAAUCUGCGCUGGGGAACGUGGAAGAUCAUCGCGAUCUUCAUCAUCUGCCUCGUGUGUCCGCCGGUGUGGAUCGUCGUGUCGUUACCGUGGAAGAACCGCUACAACCGGGUACCGAUCGUCAAGUUUAUGUCCUAUCUCAUCUCACACGUGUAUUUCAUCUUCCUCUUGACGAUAACCGUCGUCAUACCGUUCAACCCGAUUUACGAGAGCGGGACUCUGCUGCCGCAUUGGUACGAAUGGCUUCUGCUAGCCUGGCUUUCCGGUCUGCUUGUAGCAGAGCUUACGAAUCCCGGUGAUCGCACAGGACUCGGUUGGAUCCGCAUCAUCAUCCUCACCAUCUCGGCGCUGGGAAUAUCCGUGCACGUUUGCGCGUUCGUGUUCCCGCUGACCGACAACGCGGGCGUACGAAACCGACAGACGUUCAUCUACAUUCGAAAUCAGUUUCUCUCCGUCUCGCUGCUUCUUUGCUUCGUGCAGCUUCUGGAGUUUCUGUCGUUUCAUCACCUGUUCGGUCCGUGGGCGAUCAUCAUUCAGCAUCUGAUGAAAGAUCUCGCGAGAUUUCUCGUCAUUCUGCUGAUAUUCAUGGCCGGGUUCACGCUGAACAUUGCCGCCAUCUAUCAGCCCGUCUACGAGAAACUACCCGACGAAGACGUCACGCUUCAGAAUCCCAUCCUGACGUUCGAAAUGCUCUUCUUCUCGCUGUUCGGUCUCGUCGAACCGGACAACUUGCCACCGACGCCAUCCAGUCCCGAUUUUGCGUUCGUGCUCAUCAAAUUCGCGUUCGGCAUCUACAUGCUGGUGACGCUGAUCGUUCUUAUAAAUCUACUCAUUGCUAUGAUGUCGGACACCUAUCAGAGAAUACAGGCCGAGUCGGACACAGAGUGGAAGUUCGGCCGCGCGAAGCUGAUCCGCAACAUGAACAAGACGUCGGCCACUCCUUCGCCGCUGAACCUGUUCACCAAGUUCCUUAUGUACAUCCGGGUGGCGUUCAAGCACAAAGGAAAAGUCUGCAGCAUUCGCCUGCAAGAGAUUAUGUACGAAGAGGAGCAGCAAGGUCAAAGCGACCCUCUCUCGUAUUCCGACGAAUACCAGCAAUCUGGAGGCAACGCGUGGCUGCGUAACCUCAUGCGCAGGCCGACACAAGUCGCACCUGAAGGCGAUACCCUACUACACAGCCCCGCUAAAGACGCACUGGCACCAGGCCACCUGCAAUUAUUUCUCAAACAUGCAAUCGACUGGAGACAGGUUUCACGUAGAUAUGAGGAAAUUGUGGGAGGCUACGACGCUCAGCAAACCAGUGACGAUGAAACAGAGUGAAACAAGCUGGAUUCCUGCGUCUAAACGUUGGACCCAGAAACCUCUCCGACGUUUGCAACUGGGACAACGUGGUCAACAAAUAUCUGUCGGCUCAAGGAAAGGAGGGUCCCGACGAAGUCGACGAAGGUGGCGACCACGACGUCGCUUCCUCCAUGGUCAGGCUUCUCAGGCGAGCGCCCACGACACACGGAGGAAACUGAGACACCGAGGGUGACGACUCAAAAGGUGCUCGGGGAGAGGCGUAUCUUUAUCAUCGUAGUCGAUAUCGUCGUGUGGUACUCGUGCUAGGAUAUCAAUGCCCUCUGCCUUGUUUAUACAGUUAUUUUGCUACGUCGUGGUAGGUUAAGUCAGAGGUUCACGCAAAGUUGAGCGACUCGGGCCAUAUGCUGCCCGGGAGGGUUGUAUUUCCGGUGAGUAGUUCCCGGAAAUACAUCAUUUAUCGAAAUGUCGUGCACUUGGGAUGACCAUUGUAAAUUGAUGUAACUACGAGGAAUUGUGUAACUACGAUACGAUUGACACUGUCAAUCAUUUUGUCUUCGCAGCACAACUGGGGGAAAUACUUGUUAGAAGUUGCGCUUUGCUAGGCCCAGGUCAAAUAUAUGAUCUUUAUAUGUUUAAUACGUUACGGAAACUCAGACUAAGGUACCAUUCGUUUAUGAUAAAUGAGUCGCAACGAAUUAUAUUUAAAGUAAAUGAAGUUGUGUACUAAAUAAAUGUUGAGCGUUUACUACAAAUAUAUUUAAUAACAUUCAGAAUACUGUUUUCCAUAUGUAAAAUAUAACUUGUCUUUACCAAGAUUUUUAAUUUCUUGAAGCUAGAGGGAUAACGCUACUGUUAAGAAAAUAUUUAUAAUAUUGAAAAAGUUGUACCGAGGAGUUUGACUGGUGGUGCUGUCUAAUUAUGGAUACAAAUAGAAUAUGCUUAUAGUAUUUUGAUAGAAUGAUGUUAAUGUAUACAACUCAAUUUGAAUACGCAACAGUAUGACUACAGGUACACGGAUGAAAACUGUCCGCAACUUAUUUAUUUAUUUAUUCAUUUAAAUUAUAUAUUUAUCAUUCCAUUGUAAUUACUUUUCAAACAGGAGAGAACAGCUUUUGUGUUUAUUCCGUCGAAUGCCACCAACGGAAAUGUAGAAGAAAAUGUUUGUUAAAUAGCUCAGAUUAUAUAUAUGAAUUACAUAAUUAUUGCCUGGUUGCGAAAGAAACAGUUUUGUGGACUGAAAGAAUUAAUGUUGCCCGAGACAAGAGCGAGGUCGCUAGUGAUCAGCAUUGAUUAUCAGCGGGGGAACAUUCAACAUUUCUGUUUUUUUUGUUCACAGUUGGUGACAUGGUCUACAUCUAUUGCAAUGUAGUAUUUUUGCAGCCAUAAUGAUAACAUAUGAUGGCCUGAUAUGAUUAUACAUCGCGAUUUUAUUUUCCUCAUUGUGAAUUCAGUACAAGGAAUUAUUUUACGUAUUUAAGCACAUUUAUAUGUAUUGUUUAAACUCGUGUCUAGCUGUGGUCUCACAUAUAAAUAAAUCAAUAG